UCAUGUCCAUUAAGAUGACUUAAAAUUAAUUUUUUUUUUUUGGCUAAUCCUAGAAUCACUAAUGCAAAUGUUAGAUUUUUGAAAUUAAUCACCAAUAUUUUUCGUUAAAGUUUUUGAUAAUACUUCCUAUAUCUUCCCGCUAGAAAUUCCCUAUUUCUGCGCUUGUUCGUCUUAGAUUUUUCUACUCUCUUGCAAAAUGAUGAAACUAGCCAACCUUUUCAAGUCCAGGAGCAUUAUUUCCAGGAAACUCAAUCAUUAUAAUUCUACCCAAGAUGUCUUCCGUUCACAUUCACAUGCUUUGAUGAGCCAUGCUAACAUUUCUACAGUUGGACAGAAGGCUUUUACCAAUGAACGGAUUUAUGCAGGAUACUCUGUGUACAAGGGCAAAACCGCAUUCUCUGCUGAACCAGUUCCACCAGAAUUUAUUAAAGUUGAUUCUGGUAUCAGAAUUAAGCGUCAGGGUUAUAUAAUGUUAUCAUUUUCGCCUUCUGUAGGAGAGCGCAAGUAUGAUUGGCAGAAGAAGCAGAGGUUUGCUUUGUCAGCCACUGAAGUUGGUUCACUGAUUGCUUUGGGGCCUGCUGGUUCUUGUGAAUUCUUUCAUGAUCCUGCUAUGAAGACAAGCAAUGCUGGCCAAGUGCGAAAGAGCUUAUCAAUUAAGGCAAAUCCAGAGGGUACUGGCUACUUCUUUAGUUUGAAUGUUGUCAAUAACACCCUGAAGACCAAUGAGCGUUUGACUCUCCCUGUCUCAAGUGCUGAAUUUGCUGUCAUGCGCACGUCAUUUAGUUAUGCAUUGCCCCACAUUAUGGGUUGGGAUCGAUACUCGAGCCAGCAUCGUCGUUAUGAAGAGGGGACUAUAAUGAAAGGUGGCGAGAAAACUCUGCAUUCAGAAUGGAGUAGAUGAACCGGACACUCUACAGAGAUGAGUGAGGCAGAUUUGGUAUUUUGAUCUUAUGUGAACAAUUCCAAUCAGAUUUUCGUAGUGUGAAGGCGGUCUUUUGAAAUACUAGAAACAAAACAAGACUUUGCAGGAAGAUCCUAAGAUGCCUGUUUAUUUGUGUACUGUACUUAAUUUCCUUGCCUAUUACGAUGGGACUCGUACCAUCGUACGUGGCUGCUUUCUCGGCUCCUUGACUGAGUUUUGACACCUUUGUGUAUGUAAUGUGCGAUUUAGUGUGUUCUAAACCUCUAAUUCCAGAUUUUGUUAAACUCAUAACGGAUGUGUGUUGUGUGUUAGGAUGGGUAUGAAAAUGGUCGACAUGAGUUCUUUUAA